AUGAAUUACCUGAAACACAAAGAUUGUUUUGCCUACAUCUACGAUGACUGGCUCCAUUGUCACAAACAAUCGCAGAAUAUUAUGUCGGAGGUGGCACAUUCUGUCGAUACCAAUGUGACGGAAAAAUUCAUGGAAAUUUGUUGUGCCCGCUACGCCUACGAGACGUGCGUCUACAACAGCGCCCGCUACAAAUGCUACAAACAUUCGGCCAAUUAUGCCCGGGAAAUGGCCAAAAUGUUAACAAAUGAAACCCAAUUUCAGAAUUGUCGUCAAUACGAAGAAUCCAUGUGUAACCAUCAGCCGGCCACGAUGGCGAUUGGAGGCCACCUCACAUAUUUGAGUACCGUUGUUAUGCUGCUGUGGUCGAUGUUCAUUAGACGUGCGCCCACACUUGCGAGGUUACACAAUUGGUGGUCCAUAGGCGGUGGUAGUUUCGACAAAUGA